ACAAGCCAGAGCAGAAACCAGAGGAGGAUGAGCGUUUGACAGCUGGGUCGCCGGGGAUUGUUUUCGACAGCAACGACAAUUCAGAUUAAUUCGGGCAUUUUUACUUUAUUUUAUUAUUAAUUUUUGUUAUUAUUAUUAUUAUUUUUUUUACAAUAUCGAACGAGAGUAUAAGGCUAUCUACGCUUUUAAUGGCCGCAGCUGUGACGAAUUCGCGUUGGAUUGCUCCGGGGCAGGACGCGCAGUUUCUCCACAAAAACCAGCCAGCGGCGCCGCUGACAUCAUCCGACGGUCUGAGAGGUGAGGAUCAUGGAGAAGUGCUGUGCAACGCCAUCCUGGGAAUUUCAUCUUUCCCAGAUUAUAAUCUGUGUAAAACUGAGAUGGACACCUACCUACUUCAUGAUGUAGUGAAUUCAAAAAUGUUUGACAAGGAUAAUGCUCCCAUGCUGGAGUCACUUUUCCCUGAAGACUUCGGCACUUCUUACAGCGUCAACAUGAGCCUGCUCCUUCCCGAUGCCUCCUACUUGCAACCCAGCCUCUGCCAGACUGUGAGGCAAAUCAAAGCGGAGCCACCACAGUCCCUGAUGCACUCCACCUGCCAGGGCAACGGAGCACCAACGACCCUCCCAGAGUACUCAGGGAUGUUUAAAGCAGCUGACACUCCUGGUGGUAGCUUUUUCAUCAAACAGGAAGUGGCAGAAUUCCAAGAAAUCCCCCAGUUUCAGAUGCUGAACACUGAUUUAGAGCAGAACUCUUUCCCUAUCACCCCACUAAGUCUUCCAGUCGGGAAUCCCCACGUGGGACAGCUACCAAACUCUUCACAGACUGAAUGUUUUCCAUUCAACCAGCACUCUGGCCAUCAGUUUAGAUCAACCUAUCUGCCGCCGUCUCCGCCAAAUUCUCAGCCCCCGAGUCCAGACACGGGCAAGGAGAUCCUUCAUAACAUCUCCCCUCCUCCCUCCUACGAAGCCAGCGUUGCCUGUAACACAACAAUCCAGACCCACACUGACCCCAGACAGACUUCCAGCGAUCCUUUGAUUCAAAGCCACGACCAAACUUACGUUCCUACGUUCACUCAAUGUCCACUCGGCGGACCGGUUCAGGACUCCAGCCUGCCCUCACCAGCUCAGACCACACCAAGCGUCGGACCUCUGUCUCCGGAGUUGGCGCAGUCGGCUCCAGCCAAAUACAACCGGAGGAACAACCCUGAUCUGGAAAGACGGAGGAUUCACUACUGCGAUGUUCCAGGUUGCAAGAAAGUAUAUACAAAGUCCUCUCAUCUAAAGGCUCAUCUACGAACCCACACAGGUGAGAAGCCGUACCAGUGCUCCUGGGAGGGAUGCGAGUGGCGCUUCGCUCGCUCCGAUGAGCUGACGCGGCACUUCAGGAAGCACACCGGGGUGAAGCCCUUCCAGUGCGGCGUGUGCAGCCGCUGUUUCUCCCGCUCUGACCACCUGGCCCUGCACACCAAGAGACACCAGAGCUAAGGAACCUCUCCGCUGUAUCUGUCCGGUCUUUUUUAGCUUUUUCUUAAAACCGGCAAAGUACUGGGAGAGAGAGAAAGACUGCAAUUUAUUCCAUUUACUCUCAAAGGAUACAGUUUGAUGUUCUGACCUAAAUGUUUUUAUUGUUAUUAUUAUUAUUGUAAGAACAUUAAAUCUGAUUGUUGCCUUACUUUCUCAUCAACUUGAGAUAUUUGCAGAUGUAUCAGCUCAAUCUAUUUUACCAAAUUUGUCCUUUUUCAAGCCUUUUUUUGAUGGCACACCACAUAUAAACGUUUGACAAUUUUUAUAUCUGAACUGUCGGCUGUGUAGAUCCUGUCAGCAUCGUGCAAGUUUAUUUAUGAAAUGCGAAAACUGAAGGGAAAAGGAUGUUGUUUGAGCCUGCAGGUCAAAGCGUGAUUGUCUAUACAAACUGCAGAAGAGCAUCAGGAAAAGCUGCACUUUUAAGAUGAAAGUAGGAGGUAGUUUGUGUCAUGCGGUCAAGGCGUUGCUUAUAGCGUGACUUUGAAACUGCCAGGUUUAUGAUACUUGUAAUUAAAAGCAUUGUUCAUGUUUUUUUUCUCCUUUUUCUGCAAUAAAAAGAUUGUUUGAUUUUUA